CUGUGGUGCCGUAGGCUUCGAAGCCCAUGUCUUCCCCGGACUUCCCUCCCACGGGAGGCUGGCCGCAGCGGCAGGAAGGAGGAGGGAUCAAAGCCUCUCUAGAACUGCUUCACGAAAAAAUCAACGAGAUGAAAGCCGUGUUCGACUCCCUGGAGGACAAGUUGCAGGCCCUGGCGUCUGAACUGAAGUCUGGAUUCACUGAAGCCAUGCAGGAACUCUCAAGAAUUCAGCACGGAGAGUACGCCCUGGAAGAGAAAGUCAAAAGCUGCCGAUGCACCAUGGAAGAGAAAGUGGCAGAGAUGAAGAAUUCGUUGAACUAUUUCAAGGAGGAGCUCAGCAAUGCCAUGUCAAUGAUUCAGGCCAUCACAAGCAAACAGGAAGAAAUGCAGCAGAAGAUCGAGCAGCUUCAGCAAGAAAAGCGGAGGGAGUCUCGGAAAGUCAAAGCCAAGAAAACCCAGAAGGAUGAGCACGCGGCCGCAGCCGGGCCGGCGCCGGUCCAAGGCAGCCCUUUUCGAUCGAUCAAUAUCCCUGAGCCCGUGCUGGCUGGCGAGGACUUCACCAAUGUUGGCCCCGGCCAGGCAUAUGAGAAAGCUCCAGAGUCCAGGGCGACCCAGGCUGGAGACGGGAACGUGAAAGCUAUGAUGGGGCCCGGAGGGAGCGCCGCAACCCCUGAAACGGAAGAAGGUCUCAAGUCCUGCUUGGCUGCCGAUGUGCAGACCAAGGGUCACCUGUCAGCCGGCGUGUGGAGGCAACCCAAGGAGAGUAAAGACUGGAGCGAGGAGUACGUGUCCAAGGAUCACCCGGACAAACUGAAGGAAGUUGGCCAGAGCAGACACAGCAGCUUGGAAAACGUCUUAUGUGAAACUUCUUUGUCGGCCAAGAGGCAAACGGUGGCCCUGGACUUGCUUGAAUCUGAAAGAAAGUAUGUCAUCAACAUCUCGCUGAUCCUAAAGAUUAAAGCCACGUUCCAGGGAUCUGAUGGGAAGAGGAAUACCAAGGAGAGAAGUUUCUUCCCUGGAUCUUUGCGCUACCUUGUCCAGCAACACCUGGAUUUGUUGCACGCCCUGCAGGAGAGGGUCCUGAGGUGGCCACGCCAAGGAGUCCUGGGAGAUUUGUUCCUUAAGCUGACCAACGACGAAAAUAAUUUCUUGGAUUACUAUGUUGCUUACCUGAAGGACCUGCCUGAAUGCAUCUCCCUGGUCCAUGUGGUGAUCCUGAAAGAGGCUGAAGAAGAGGUAAAAUCUGAUCUCUACACCCUGUUCUUUCAUAUAGUCCAGCGCAUCCCGGAAUACCUUAUUCAUCUGCAGAAUGUCCUGAAGUUCACGGAGCAAGAGCACCCGGACUAUUACCUGCUGCUGGUGUGCGUCCAGCGCCUUCGGGUCUUCAUCUCGCACUACACCCUCCUGUUUCAGUGCAACGAAGAUCUGCUCAUUCAGAAGCGGAAAAAACUCAAGAAAUCCUCCAUGGUGAAGCUGUACAAAGGCCUGGCUUCGCAGUGCGCCAGCCCCGGCCACGAGCUCUCCCCCGGGCCCGGUCCCGGCCCCGGCCCCGACGCCCUCCGCGACAGCGGGAUACACGCCGAAGAGAUGCUGCCGCCCUACCCUUCCGCCAGCAGCGCUGGCCCCGCCGCCACACAUCUGAUGUCCCAAGUGAAGAAAACCCAACAGGCCCUGAUGGAGAGCGUCGCGCCCACGAAGCCGUGCGAGUGGGAGGCCGAGGGCCGGCGGGCCGAGAGGCCCGAGAGUGCCCCGGCCCCGGCUCUGUUCUGCAGCCCCGAGCAGGAGCUGAAGGGUCUCUCGGCGCCCUUGCAGGCCAUCCCGGAGAUGGACUACGAUUCCGCCGGGCCAGGUCCCGCAGAGAGGGCCGCCCGCUCGGCGGCCGACCUCCUCUCGGACGCCCGCGCCUUCGUCCCCGGCUACGAGGAGUUCGACUACGGGGGCGAGCUCUUCGCGCUGCCCGCCCCGUACGAGGACGAGCCCUUCCAGAACCUGGCCCUGUUUGAGAACUGCUCCCCGGCCUCGUCCGAGUCCAGCCUCGACAUCUGCUUCCUCCGGCCGGUCAGCUUCACCCUGGACCCCGACCGGGCCGAGCACCCGCUGCAGCCCCUGCCCAAGAGUGCCACCUCCCCGGCGGGCAGCAGCACGUACAAGCACGAGCCGCCGCCGGGCAAGAGCAAGCCCCUGAGCCGCUCCCUGAAGGAGUUCCCGCGGGCCUCGGAGGGCAUGGGAGCCCGGCUGUACAGCGCCCGCAGCAGCAGCGGCAGCCGGCUGCCCGCCAAGCCGGACCGGAGCGUCCAGCCCCACGGACCGGCCGCCGCCCUGUCUCGGAGCUCCCCAAGGAACUUCUUCCCCCCACAGAGGUCCCAAAGUGAAAAACAGACCUAUUUGGAAGAGUUACAUGUAGAAGACACCACCAGAUUCUGCCCGAAGGAAGAGAGAGAAAGUGAACAAACCUCAUUCAGCGACCAAAACCCCAGGCAAGACCAGAAAGGGGGCUUUCGCAGCUCCUUCCGCAAGCUCUUUAAAAAGAAGUCCAGUGGAUCAGAAUACAGGGAAAUAACUAAUGGGAGUCUCUCAAUGGAGCCUUCACCUACCAAACAAGAUCUCUUCAGAAACCGGCUUACUGUGGCCAAUGACCUAGACCAAGGAACAGCUGUGUAAAACAUACAGAAAGUUUUAUUGUAAAAUGGUAAGAUCAGGACUGAGAACGCUCUGUGUGUGUGUGCGCGUGUGUGUGUGUGUAGAUCUCUAUCUGUGGGCGUGAGCUUAUAUCUGCAUUUUAAAUCAUUAAUGGAAGGCUGGUAGUCUAAAGAUCUGCAAGACAUUGAUAAGAGAUAAAGAUUAAGUUUGUGAAUAAGCUAUGCCUUUCAAUAACUAAGCCCUGGUGAGAAGACUGCUCGGGACCGUCUUCUUUUAAAAAGCGAGGAGUGCCUAAAAGGCUAGAAAAGCAUUAGCUUGUAAGAACAUAAAACCUUCCAACUCCAGGUUUCACUCCCAUGCAACGUUGGACAUAUGACUAUUAAACCUGAAAAUUAAUCGGAUGUUUGCUAAGCACUUGGCUUAUUCGUUAAACCCUAUGUUCGUAGCUCGCCUGUCAAUAUACUAUGCAAGAUCACUUUGUAUCUAUGUGGUGUCUUUCUUCUGAUAAACUCAGAAUACUUUACAUUUGGCGUCCAAUUUAUCCUCAGGGCCCUAGGGUGCUUACGGGGGAGCGACCCAUUUGGUGCCAAGAACGAGGGCCCGCAUGGGAAAGGGUUUGUGACUCGCAUGAGAUCAGAGGCCCUGUUUUAUAUCUUCAUGCACGGCGAGAAAUUGGAAAGGCGUGCCACCGGCACCUUUACCUGGGAAGAAUCGCCUGAGGAGACGGCAGCAUCUCUUUCCGUUAAGCAGCGAGGGUAAAAGCUGACGUCUCAAGCCAGCGUUGGGCUGGCACUCUGUGGGUAGAAGAAUGCCCAGAGCCCUUGGUUCCUCCACUUGGCACGCCCAAGUCCUCACUGAUGGAUGGUGCUGUAGAACGAAUAUGGAUUGACAGAUUGUAAGAUCCUUGAGGGCAGGGACUGUGUCUCUUAACCUUGUUGUACUAGUUCAGUGUUCAAUG